GGGCGAUCAGGAGCAGGUCACACAGCCUAUUUCCUGUUUUCAAACGGGGAACUUAGAAAGUGUCAGUCCCUCGGCUGGUCGCUGGAGCUGAGAACCAAGAGCUCGAAGGGGCCAUGUGACACUCCUUCCGGACCCCUGGACACGCACAGCCCCAGAGACUGGAGGCUUGGAGCAUGGCAAGUCCAGAGCACCCUGGGAGCCCUGGUUGGAAGGGACCCGUAACACAGUGCACAGCAAGGACCCAGCAGGAAGCACCAGCCGCUGGCCCUGACCUCCUGCGCCCAGGACCUGACAGGCAUUUAGACAUGCAUAGUGGCCUGAGCUCCAACUCCAGCAUGACCACGCGGGAGCUUCAGCAGUACUGGCAGAACGAGAAAUGCCGCUGGAAGCACGUCAAACUGCUCUUUGAGAUUGCUUCAGCUCGCAUCGAGGAGAGAAAAGUCUCUAAGUUUGUGGUGUACCAAAUCAUCGUCAUCCAGACUGGGAGCUUUGACAACAACAAGGCCGUCCUGGAACGGCGCUAUUCCGACUUCGCAAAGCUCCAGAAAGCGCUGCUAAAGACGUUCAGGGAGGAGAUCGAAGACGUGGAAUUCCCCAGGAAGCACCUGACGGGGAACUUCGCGGAGGAGAUGAUCUGCGAGCGUCGGCGCGCCCUGCAGGAGUACCUGGGCCUGCUCUACGCCAUCCGCUGCGUGCGCCGCUCCCGGGAGUUCCUGGACUUCCUCACGCGGCCGGAGCUGCGCGAGGCGUUCGGCUGCCUGCGGGCCGGCCAGUACCCGCGCGCCCUGGAGCUGCUGCUGCGCGUGCUGCCGCUGCAGGAGAAGCUCACCGCCCACUGCCCCGCAGCCGCCGUCCCGGCCCUAUGCGCUGUGCUGCUGUGCCACCGCGACCUCGACCGCCCGGCCGAGGCCUUCGCGGCAGGAGAGAGGGCCCUGCAGCGCCUGCAGGCCAGAGAGGGUCAUCGCUACUACGCGCCUCUGCUGGACGCCAUGGUCCGCCUGGCCUACACGCUGGGCAAGGACUUCGUGUCUCUGCAGGAAAGGCUGGAGGAGAGCCAGCUCCGGAGGCCCACGCCCCGCGGCAUCACCCUGAAGGAGCUCACCGUGCGAGAAUACCUGCACUGAGCCGGCCUAAGACCCCGCAGGGACGCUGGAGAUUUGGGGUCACCAUGGCUCAUGGUGGGCUGUUUGGGGUUCUUCUUCUUUUUUCCUUUUUCCUUUUCUUUUUUGUUAUUUGAGACAGUCUUGCUCUGUCACCCAGGCUGAAGUAUAGUGGCUCAAUUAUGUCUAACUGCAGCCUCAAACUCCUGGGCACAAGCAAUCCUCCCACCUCAGCCUCCCAAGUAGCUGGGAAACAGGUGCACGCCACCACACCAGGCUAAUUUUUAUUUUUAUUUUUUUUGUAGAGACAGGAUCUCUCUGUUGCCCAGGCUACUCUCAAACUUCUGACCUUAAAUGAUCUUCCUGCCUCAGCUUCCCAAAACACUGGGGUUACAAGUGUGAGCCACCACCCCUGGCCUGGAGUUCAUUGUUAAUGGGAAAAGCCAUUGGGGGCUCUAACUUGCUGGGUGACUUUGAACAAGCCCCUCCUCUGGUCCUCAAUUUCCCCAUCUGUAUCAGACAGAGGUGCUCCUGGGACCCCUUGGAUGCCUCUGCUUGUGUGCCACGUCCCUUUGAUGCCAUGGCCACUUCAUCUCCAAAACACAAACCCAACUGCCAAAAACAUCCAGACCAGUGUCCACCCCACCAGUGUCUUCGUGGGAAGCUGGAGAAGAAGUUUACCUUGCACAUUCUAGACAAAGCUUAGUCCAUUUCCUUGAAGACAGUUCUCUCCAGCUGCUCCAAGGCUUUUCUCUCUGUUCCUUCCACCUCAGAAUUGCUUUAAAAUAUUCCCAUCCAUUAUCCUAAUACUAUCCUAGUAUUCUAGUCCUUCCCCCUUACCAUGUAGACCUGAUGAAGCAAAACAAAUCUCACCUACUGCCCUCAAGAACAGCCUCUACACACACACACACACACACACACACACACACACACGGUGGGAGUUGUAUGCCAUCCUUUUGAAGGGUGGGAGGACCCUGGGCCAGAAAGCAAUAAUGGCAUAAGAUUCUGUGAUACAAGGCAUUUUUGGCAAGGGAAGUUGCCAACAAUUUUUCUGGCUGGGAUGGCAUAGCACAUUGUCUAGGGGUGGAUCUUCAUUCAUAAGGCAGCUGUUCCCUGAAUGGCUUCCCUGGGUUAUGUAGAAACAGCCCUGGGAGGAGUUGAUACAACAUACUUAAUGGGGCUUCUGUGUAGAAGAGACUGAAUCCUCAACACUGCCCCUUUUGAGGGUCUGUGAUCCUGGAACCUCUCUGAUGAACUGGGAUGCCCUUGACUGAGGUCUGCUGUCUGGAAAGGACACCACAGGCCCAGAAUGAAGGGGCAUCUGGACCAAUGACCUAGAUUCAACACAGGGCUUGGAGCUGGUGGUACAGGCUGGUUUUGGCCCAAUGUGUGUUGGAGGCUGGAAGCCCCUGAAGACCUAAACUGCCUGGAUGAGCUCAUUAGGGUGCAUUAAAGAGUCUGUAAUUUGAGAACCUUAAUGUGAGGCACCACUUAAGGGGAGGGACUUGGCCCAGCAAGUGAUCACUGUAGAGUUGGACAAGUAUACACUAGACUGUACCAGAAUCUAUUCAACAGCGACACCUUGUGGUAACAACUGUAGACGCCCCAUCAGGCUUGAUGGGAGACUAGAAACAGACUUUCUCGUGUUUGAACAGAUAUCCCUCAAAUCUCCCAAUCUACUCCAGGGAAAAGACACUUCAAGUGAGGGAUAUUGGACUUCUUGAAAAUCUAGGCCUAUGGAAAAGUAAAGUAUUAAAUGGAAAAAUUAAAGAGCUAUGAGUCUAUUUGUAAUGACAGAACAGAUUAUAUUGAUUUUGUCAGUUAUUUCUUCAAAUCUAAAAUGCUGUCAACUCUAAGAUGCACCAAAUGUUUACUAAGAAAGAAAAAAUACCCAACAUGGACAGUUUAAUGGGGUAUUCCAGCAAAAAAAAAAAAAAAAAAAAAAAACCUGGAAAACCAAAGAGUUAGACCCCUGAUAUAAGGAUUAAUACCAAAUAAACCUGUUGUACAGGAGGGACAUUAAGAAAAUUCGCACAAAUCAAACUUGGCACUGGGUUGAGUACAGGGAACUUCCUCUAAGAAUUUGAACUGCAAGCUGGCACUCACCCAUGUUUUAGGGCUGAAUACACACAGCGUGGUCCAAAAUCCUUCAAGCACAGAAAUCAUGUUAAAGUGGUCUCAGAUGGAGGUGUUCCAGGUGCCUCAAGACCUGGAGAUCUUCAGGUCUUCCCUUGGACUGAAGGAUGUCAGCAUCAAGCCAGGCCUAUAAGGAGUGUAGGAUCCCAUUGAGUUCAGAGGUGCUGAAACGUGAAAAAAAAUGUGCAUCUCAAAAUCACAGAUAGAUGAUAUGUGUGUGGGGGGGGGGGGUGUGUGUGGUGUGCACAGAAAGAGAAAAUACUUAUAUGGGAGUAAAGGAGCCUAUAGAAUCACAUGGGGGGCUCCCCAUCAGUACCUCUGAAAAGGGGUUGGCUUCCCACACAGUGCACAGGAAAUGGAUUUAUUCAGGCUUCCCAAAAAGGGACUGGCCACAUGGGGCAGCUUCAGGACCAUCACCUUGCCUCUUCCUGAUGACACUCAAUGCUGCCCCUUCCUCAUGCUUCUGGCAGCCUUGGCCUGAAGGUCCAUGGGAGUUUCUUCUGGCCAUGGACAUUGCAUCUUCAUCCACUACAAGUUGUCUGAUGGCCUGGGAUGGCCUGCCACAGUCAGCUCCUCCUGGCAUCUCCCAUAUGCUGCAGCAAUUAGAGCCCACUCAUUCCUUGGGUUCCUGGAACAAGUCCUUGAAUUCCUCAGGCCCCCUCCUCCAGCAAGCUUUCCGCAGGGCCCACUGCCGCCCCACCAGUGUACCCCACCUCCCCUGUUUGCCUGGGCCCUCUCCUACGCCACCUGUAUUAGUCCUUGUUUCUAGGAGACUUUAGAGUGGUGGCAGCUGGGACUGGACCUUCUUCUCCUGACCCCCCAAAAGCUGGGUCCACAGGAGAGGUGAGGAGUACCUGACCUCCAUACCCAGGAGGGAACCUUGUUAGGAACACAGAAUUUCAGGCCCAGUCCUAGACCUGCUGAAUCUGAGUCUGCACUUUAACAAGAGCAUCCCCUACUGCCACAGGCGACUCUUACCUGCAUACCUCAAAGGUUGAGAAGCCCAGUGUUGAACUGACUUGAAGGCACCUCGAUGAAAAUCAUCCACGGAACUGGGCCGUCUGUGGUCCUGGGUUCAUCCUCAUCCUUGUCUUCUCUCCACCCGGGCCCUCUACCGUACAGGUGUCCCAUCCCAGGGGACUGCAGAUGGGCCCACCAUCCCAGGCUCACAACCAUACCUGCAAACCCACUCUGGGCAUUUGGCCUGGAGCUUAAAGGCAUUCAUUCCAAUGAAGCCCUGCUCCAGCAGCCACUCCCUGCCACUGGCUGUGACGGAGUCCUGGGGUCUCCUCUUUGAGCUGGGAUUAGGCAUCCUCAUGAGACCCUGUCCCCUGGGAUGCCGACAGGUCCAUGCCAAGCCCACAAUUGAAAACCAGCUCUGCACACAGCUCCCUGUGUGGUAAAAGUCAGGGCUCCCCAGGUCUACUGUGUGACCAGGCACUGUCAGGCCAUUGAUAGCACCAUCAGUCCAGCUCUGCUCGGGACAUGUUCCUAUCCCAUGUCUCAGUUGAGGAAAAUGGGAUCAUUUGUAACAUUGUAAUCUGGGGGGGGUAAGUGACUUGCCCAGGGUUACACAGCUAAUAGCUGGAGCAUGAAAUUAAGCCCAGGCUUUAAUUUGACCCAAGCCGUAUUUUCCUUGCUGAGCCCCACAUUAAAGGAUGUGGAGGAGAAGGGAAGGGAUAUACCCCUGGUCCCCUCACUGAAAUGGGUCCUUGAUGUGGUUUGGAUGUAUGGCUGUCACCUCCAAAUCUCAUGCUGAAUGUGACUCCCAGUGUUGAAGGUGCGACCUGGUGGGAGAUGUUUGGGUCAUGGCGGCAGGUCCCUCAUGGAUGGCUUGGUGCCCUCCCCGUGGUAAUGAGUGAGUUCUUGCUCUGUUAGUUUAUGUGAGAGCUGGUUGUUUAGAAGAGCCUGACAUCGCUCUUGCUCCCUUUCUUGCCAUGUAAGUCAUGAGCUCCCCCUUCCCCUUCCACCAUAAGUGGAAGCUUCCUGAAGCUUCACCAGAAGCAAUGUCGGUGCCAUGCUUCUUGUACAACCUGCACAAUCGUGAGCCAAAUAACCCUCUUUUCUUUAUAAGCUACUCAGCCUCAGGUAUUCCUUUAUAGCAAUGCAAAAUGGACUGACAUGCCCUUAAAGGUCAUUUUACUCAUCUCUGUUUACAGAUGGGAAAAUCAAGGGCUGGAGAGGUGACUCACCCAGGGUCACAUGGCGAGACAGGGACAGCACUAGGACCAGACCCGAGAUAUCCACGUCAAAGUGACAUGCUCUGAGAGGCAGCACACACAAAAUAACCCUGCAUUCAAAUUCCAGGAAGCCUUUAGGGGUCACCCAGCUGCGCCUGGGGGUGCAGGGUCAGUGCUGAGUCCUGGGCAGGGCCACUAGCCUCUCUGAGCUUCCUGGCUGCAGGCUGGGAGGCACAGUUCAGGGUGGACUGUGCCCUUUCAGCCUAGCAUGCCCUUCGCUGUGCUCUCUAGUGGCUGUCCCCAUAGCUGGAACUCUGUUUUUGGAGCAGCAAAACCAGUUCCACCUGCUGGUAGGGGUAGGUUGGCUCCCAGCAUGUCCCCAGCGGGCCUCUCUUGGGCUCAAAAGCCAAGCUGUGCCCAGUCACGCCUCCAAAUGCUUCCUGGCCCCCAUGCAGAAACUGCAUUUAGCUGCCUUCCCAGAAAUUCCUGCAUGCUUGUACAGCCCUUUCCUCUGGGGCCCAACAAUGCCACAGCCUGUUCUAUCAACCACCAGCCGUUUUCCUUUGAGCAGUCUCUUUUUACUUAUGCACAUUUACUUGAAAAAGAAACUUCCUAUUACUAUCCUAAAUGGAAACUCAGAAUCACUUGCUAUAAUUAGAAAGUAGCUACAAAAAUAAACACAAUGAAACCGA